GCCGAGUACCCUGUAUAGUGACUGUGAUGGUGACCACAAACGACUUAAAAUUUGAGGUUAUGUUAUCAAAAUAAGAUGGCUUCGUUUUUAAAAUUUCUCGCACUUCUACCUCCGAGAGCUGUUUUAUCACCAAAUCUCACUGCGAAAGGCAUAAAACGAUGGGUGGCACCGACCUUAAUCGAGCUCGAAAGGAGACGCAAAAGGCAGGAACCGCAACCGCCGAUCCCUCGCUCCUCCUUCUUGGAGUGGAACCACGACGCGGAGCUGUACUCCUUCGGCAAACGUCUCGGCGAAGAGUUCAACCAGGCCCUACUUAAACGGGCCUUCACGCAUCGAUCGUAUGUGGUACAGAAGGAAUUAGCGGGAAAUCCCACUGAUACAUUUGAGGACAACAGCGAACUGAUCAGCGAAGGCAACUCUAUAAUCCUGAAAUCGGUCAGGCAGCAGUAUACGACUUUUCCGGAUGAAAUCGUCGAGGCCCUAUGCAAUCACCUCGUCAAUAAUACAAUGUUGGCGCACGUCGCCUAUCACUUAGGUACCAAAGAUAUCGUAUUAACUGCGGAAUAUCCCGCAGAAGCAAGCACGCUCGCAGACACGUUCCGCGCGAUCGUCGCGGCUUUGCACCGGUCGACUGGCGAGGAUCGGGCGCACCUGUUCGUGAAAGACUUCUUACUGUGCCAGUUGAACGGCAAGGGCAUUUUCGACAUUUGGGACCCGAAAAAUCCAUACGAGGUGCUGAAACAGCUCGCCCAAGAGAACGGGGUGACCGAAAUCGAGGCGAGAUUAUGCAACGAGUCCGCUUCAAAUACGAUACUGGCGAAUUACCAGGUCGGGUUAUACAGCGAGAAAAAAUUGCUGGGGAUCGGAUGGGGCGAGUCAAUCGAAAUAGCAAAGGAUACCGCCGCGCUAAAUGCAAUACACAGAAUUUAUAACUUGGCGAUUUAAUAAAACGAGUAAAGGACA